CUCCCCUCGGUGGCCCCGAAAACCGGAGGGCCCAGCUUGGGGCCUGGUCUAGGGACCUGAGAGGCGAGGCCGCCCGCGGGGAACCAGACCCGUGGUGACCGGCCUCGGGUCUGUGCUGCCCGGGGGAGCUGGGAGGGCCGGCGCGGGCUCUGGGGGCUGGUUUGAGGGUAACGGCCACGCGGCGGGUGUGGCCGGGGCGGGCGGCCUGGUGGGGCCUCGCGAGGUCGACGGUCCGAGCCGGAGCCACCCCGGCCGGCGUCUCGUCACUCCGCCAGAAAAGGUGCACUGGACCUUUUCAACACGGACAGUAUGCGGCCAGUUACUCGGAACCCAGGCGUGAAGAGAAGCUGCUGAGAUAUCCUUGCUGGCACAUUUCUGGAUAUUCUGGUGAACUUUGUUAAGAAUUCAGAGAAACUGUCACGUGAUAAAGAAAGAUCCAAUCUUAAGGCUUACGCACAUUCCAUCCACCACAACCGAACAAUGUCCUACGUUUUUGUAAAUGAUUCUUCUCAGACUAAUGUACCCUUGCUACAGGCCUGUAUUGAUGGAGACUUUAACUACUCCAAGAGGCUUUUGGAAAGUGGCUUUGACCCAAAUAUUCGUGACAGCAGGGGCAGAACAGGCCUUCACCUCGCAGCAGCCAGAGGGAAUGUAGACAUCUGCCAGUUGUUACAUAAAUUUGGUGCUGAUCUCCUGGCCACUGAUUAUCAGGGAAACACAGCUCUUCAUCUCUGUGGCCAUGUGGAUACUAUUCAAUUCUUGGUUUCCAAUGGACUCAAAAUUGAUAUUUGCAACCAUCAAGGUGCUACACCCCUAGUUCUGGCAAAGCGCAGGGGAGUGAAUAAAGAUGUCAUCCGAUUGCUGGAAUCGUUGGAAGAACAGGAGGUAAAAGGAUUUAACAGAGGAACUCACUCAAAGCUAGAGACCAUGCAGACAGCUGAGAGUGAAAGCGCCAUGGAAAGCCAUUCCCUCCUCAAUCCCAACCUGCAGCAGGGGGAGGGGGUCCUGUCCAGCUUCCGCACCACGUGGCAGGAGUUUGUAGAGGAUCUGGGCUUCUGGAGGGUGCUGCUCUUGAUCUUUGUCAUCGCUCUGCUGUCUCUUGGCAUCGCCUACUAUGUAAGUGGGGUGCUGCCCUUCGUGGAAAACCAGCCUGAACUGGUGCAUUAGAGGAGCUCCUGGGAGAGGAGACAGAUGCCAGUGUCCUGGCUUCCAGUGUUCGUUCUGUUUCUCAAAAUCUCUUAGUGCAGAGCAGUGAGGGCUGUACUUUUGUUUCUUUUUGCAUUUUUACACAUUGUAAUCCUUUUAGAACAACCUGUCUGUUUGAACUAACUACAUACUGUAGUCAAGGAUGCUGUCCUAAAGCUACCUCCAGCUCAGCCUGACUUCUUGGGAAAGGCUCAGCAUAGCCUUGUUUGAUAACAAUGUGGCAUUGACUAACGAAUGAGAGAGAGAGGAUGAGACUAGGAAAUCCUUGCUACAGAAACCUUACCCUAACAUAAGACCAACUAGAGUGAAAUGUUUAAAGUUUGUUUUAUAUGAUUAGUUGUGGUUGGUAGUUUUGUUUUGUUUUUGUGUAUUUUUACAAGAGCUGCUUUUCACUAUUUACUUUCUCUGGGGAAUAGUAGGGUAUGGGGAAAUGAAACCUUCAGCUUAAAACCUGAAGCCCUUUUUUCAGAUCUUGUAGCGCAAAUCAGCAUUGUUGGGAUCUGUUGGUUUAUUUUAAUAUUUUCAAGGGAUCUCUUUGGUUUAUUUUAAUAUUUUCAAGUCUAGUCACAAACCAAACAGAACUUUUGAAAAGGAGCUAUAUUUUCCUCAAAAAUGAUUGAUUUGAUCUUAUAUUUAUUUGUUUUUAAGAUAAGCUUGAUUUUUUUUGUAAGUUGCUUUGCUUGUUGUUAAUAUCUGUGAAAAAUGACCUUGAGAAUUUUCAAUUGAGAAACUUUUAAUUUCCCCCUAGUGUUUGUUUCAAAGAUAUCCUAUUCAUCAAAAAUACAGUUGGAAGACUUUUUCUACUCAGUAGUUAGCAGGAAUAAAUAUUUCUGAUGUUUAAUGUCACUGUAAUUCUGUAGUACCAUUAUUAUGGUGAAAAAUUCAGUUCUAUAAGCUAGCUGUGUUGUCAUGAUUAUAUCAUAGUUCAUAAUUUUUUCAUUUUAUGUGCAAUCCUCUUUAGAGACCCUGUUAGAAUUGUCGUAACAAUCCCAUCCAUGUCAGUUGUUCCCUGAUGGAAAGAAUGGAUGGAGCAUUUCUGAGUUAACAGUGCUGAACAGUAUUGUACCAGGUGUCUUUAUGAAUGGUAAUAUUAUGUAAAUUGAAAUCUGGCCCCAAAACUAUAUUGAAGCUUUCUGCAGUGUGUUUGAAGGCCUCUUGUUAAUGAUUCCGCUAUGUUUAUAUCAUAUUAUUGGGUUAUUAAAAAAAAAGAUAUGAAGACUUGAUAAUUAUUCAUUAGGUAUAGUCAGAAAAUUGUGGUGAAAGAACUAAUGGUUUUAUUUUUUAGAACAUAGUCCUCUAAGCUGCUGCUAAUUGAAUUGUUGCUAGAAUUAGAAAUUAUAAUUUAGAACAGAAUUGGUAUUUCUGUGAUUCCUUUUGCUUCUAUUUUCUCUUCUGAAUUUAUAUAUCUAGGAUUGAGGCAUCUUCUUUCAUGUGACUUUAUCCUGUCUUAAAGAGCUGUUCUGAAAUUCCUGAUGUACCUAACUGCCUCAGGGUCAGCUCAUAGCCUCUUGCUUUUAGAUUAGCUGCAAACAAAAUUAAUCAUACUUGGUGUAAAUACAGCAAAAAGCAGUGGACGUUAGAAUGGAGAACACUUCAAAUUAAAAGCUUUGGAAUUAGCUUUGUAUUUGUUUGUAACUCUAAACAGAUGUGCAAAAUUGGUUAACAUAUAUGUAAAUAUAUUGCAUUUUUAAAGAUUAAUGUUUCCUUUUAAGUGUUGAUUUCUUUGUAUUCUGUUCUCUGCAUUCAGUAUUCAAUAAUAUUACCAAUAAAUAUAUUUAUAAUCUCUUAA